AAUGUUUUAUUCGUAAUUAAAAAAUUGUGAAGUUAAGAUGACGUUAAUGAAAUCCCGAUCGGCAUGCAAUAUGUUAUCGUUAUUUGAUUAUUUGACUAUCAAGUAUCAGAAAUCAUUGUUAACUUUUUCAGCUAUCAAGUAUCAGAAAAUGCAGAAGAAUUACUUUGAAUCUCAUUGCUCUUAACAACUUAUAGCAGCAACAUGAUGGUCAGAAAAAUACACACAUUUCAAACUUUAUUAAAAGAAACACCAAAAAACCUUAAGGGUAAGAAACUUAGUUCCCAAAAUUGGAUUGUACGACAGUUAAAGGAUCCAUAUGUAGAAAAGGCGAAGCAAUACAGUUACAGAUGUCGCAGUGCCUUCAAACUUUUAGAAUUAAACGAAAGACACAAAAUAUUUACUCCUGGCUUGAAUGUAGUCGACUGCGGUGCAGCUCCUGGUAGUUGGACUCAAGUUGCUGUUCGAUUGACCAAUGCAGAUGGCAAAAUGAUGGACAAACAACUGGGCAAAGUGGUCGCCAUUGACAAGCUGCCUAUACAUCCGAUUGAGGGAGCAAUAACUCUGGGAAGUAUGGACUUCACAAGUGAUCUAGCCCAAGAAAAUUUGAAAGCAGCUUUGGAAGGGAAGUUUGCUGAUCUUGUAAUGUCCGAUAUGGCGCCUAAUUCUGUGGGUAUGAGGCAAUUAGAUCAUGAAAAAAUUAUAAAACUUGCUUAUUCAGCACUGAAGUUUGCUAUUACUGUAUCUCGUAAUGGUGCCACUUUUAUAGUUAAAGUAUGGGAUGGGAAUAUGGCAAAUGAAUUGGAAGCGAAUAUUAAAAAAUACUAUAGGAAUGUGAAAAUAGCCAGGCCUGAUGCUACUAGAGAUGAGUCAUCUGAAAAGUUUAUUCUUGCUCAAGGCUUUAAGGGAAUCAAGGCUCACUCUUAAUCUCUUUCUCUGAUGCUCUUGUACAUGUGUGCAAACAAAAAUUAUCCCUCUGCUCUUUAGUGUUGUUUAUUGAUUUUUUUUUAUUUUUUACAAAUAAUUGUGGUAACAUUGUGGUUUGUAUGCGAAUUGUCAUGGGUGAUUGGUUUUAUUGUUUCAUCAUGGAUGAAGCUUUGUAAUGGACGAAAAAUUUAGUUUCUUCAAGUUUAUCAUUGAAAUAGGCGUUUGACUAAGGUACAUGUGUGACGUGAUCGAUCACAUCUUAAAUUUCUUUUACUUGUGCGCCUAUUAAUAACCUAGUAAUAACUUAAUUUUCAGUGCGGGGGCUAUAUAUUAUUUUAUCAAUCAACCAACACUAAAUAUUAAAUUGGUCGACGUGCCGUUUAAAGCGUUUACUGUCUAAUUCAAUCUCAUAAUGCAAGUCGCCUAUUUUGUGUGUAAUGAGUCCAGGUAUCCAUUUAUCCAGUAGGGACCGUAUCCUCUGUCCAGUUUCGAUACUCUUCGUCUGGAACUUGCUGGUUUGCCGCUGCAUCAGUAGCUGUUCGUGCUGCCUCUGCCGUACGGUACUGCAGGAACCAUGUCGCUCUAGGGUUGGCUCGCACGAAUCCCGCCUCAUGCUCCCAGAUAUAAUCGAGGCACCGAUUGAAAACCUCGUUAGCUUGUUGACGAGCGAGUACCUUAUCCUGCGGAACAACGGGAGAUAAUAACUCACCGAUAGUCAGGGCCUCCGGAUAUAUUACUUCUCACUUCACUGAAGUUGUAAACGAUCCCGAUGAACAUGAUGGCCUCACAUUCGCUUUUCCUGAAAAAGGAGUGUAUGACUUUAUCGCUAAACACGAUACCCCCGAA